AUGGCGACGGAUUGUUUGCAGCUGGUGCGACUUUUGACAGAGCAGUCUUACUCUCGAUCGGAGCUGGGAGUGGUGUGUCGGAAUAUUCGAAGGCUGGUGGAGGACCGACGAGGAAGCUUCUCUCACACGUACAAGGAGGCUAAUGAAGCGGCUCAUAUUAUGGCACACGCUCGCACUAGAUGGGACGAGCGGAUCGUUUGGCUGGACCGACCGCCAAUUUAUUUAGUUGAUCGGAUUAAGCUGGAUGAUGUAGCAGCUAACUCUGUUCAAUGA